AUUGACGAUAUUUCGGGAAGCAACACACUUUGCCAUGGCAGUUCGGUUGGGUGCUGGUGGCGUACUUGGGGGCCAACUCCAACCUCUGCUAUUCCCUGUGAGAAGGCAACUCCUUGUUGUUGAUGGUGUGGGUGGAAAUUUCAAUCUAUACUUUUAAAUUGUGCUGCGUGCUGAUACUUACACAGCUUUAGAACGUCGUCUACCUCAAAUCACACCACCAAAGAGUGUGGGAUCUUGAGUAUCAUGGGAAUUAGUUACUGGCUCCCGGACUUCAUGCCUGGUUGCUUUCUAAAUCCACUCAUUGUUGAUUGCUGCCGUCGGUCAACCUUCCAUUUUUCUGCGCAUCUGUUACUAUCCCGUCGGAGUGGGUUGUCGGCUAGCUUCUGCAGCUCUGUAUCUCGCAAUCCACUUUGAGGUAUUCAGUUACCCUUGUAUCCUGGAUGGUAUGUCCCAUUAGGCUUCCUUCAAACAGAGUUGUAUUCGCAUUCGGGAGUUCGAUCGCUUGUUCUAUGGCAUUUGGACCUAGACUCGUAUGGUGCCAGUAUGUUAUGCAUAACUCCCAUGCACGUGAACACUUUUUCAUUGGUCUCGCUAAGGAAACAUUCGACGGACAUCAAUGUUCGCGAUAAUCCUAUCUCCAACACUUCCAGUGUCUUUAUUCACAAUGGACCUCCGAAAGACUCGGAAAGAGUCAUCAUCAUCUCAGCCGAAGGUAGUAUCAAUGGCAAUGUUUCUGCUGGACGUCUUUAAUUCUUUAGCCAGAGGAGAUACACAAAAGCCACCAACCAGAGUAUGUGGAUAUUAGGACGGCUGCACUAUCUCCACCAUGAGUAUGGUGUUGCGGCUACACUCGUGGAUGCCUGGUCCUUGGUAUUUUUAUUGGAAGCUGAAGUUUUCUUCAUCGAGUAUCAAACGUGGUUCCGCUUUACAGGGGAUGUCAUCCAUCUCUUGACGCAGAACGCUGGUAGCCCAGUCUAGCUUCUUUUGAUACCCUUGUAGCGAAGCUUGUUUAUCGAAGCCUAUCAUGACUUUCUGGCAAGCAUCGUGUGCUUGGGUACAUCGUGGCACUGGCUCGGUUUACGGUCUGAAGAUACUAGGUAGAAGAGUGACAGCCUCCUACGGUUACUAUUCUCCGACCCAAAUCGCCACCGCUCUCAAAUAUUGCCAUGCAGGUCUCCGGGUGCUAAGGCAAUCUGCUUAUCCAGAGCCAUGUGUACGGAGUAUUGUCUCUAACAAUAGAUACAUUGGACCCUGCAUGGAGGUGCUGGCUCUCCCAGAGUUUAUCGCCCAUCCUUGUCACUGACAGACCUCUGCUUUGAAACAUCUCUCUUAAAGCUGCUUCCAUCCCGGAGUUUGCAGUUUCUUAAUCUUGCUGUCAAGCCAAAUAUUUCGCAGUCAUGAUGGACUUUGUAAGAGGGUAUCUGCAGCCUGGCUCCGCACCAAAGAAGGCCAAUCCCAAGCCCAACCCCAGAAAGGCAAAGAAGAAUGUUGCGAAUCCUCCUAAUACCGCACCGGCUGUUGAGUUGCAGCAUUCUCCGACCAUAUCAGGCACAUCGACUCCUAUGCGAAAUAGUAGAUCACGGCCUUCGUCUCUAUAUCCUCGGGGUGACUUCAGGAAUGCCCCAGCUCAGAACGUUCUAGAUGUUAAAGCAGAUGUGAUGGUCAAUUGGUAAGAACCAAAUAUCUCAGGCUUCCUAUUCUAGGUGGCUAAGAGGGCCUUUCAUGGAUGGGGUUUCAUAUGAGUGAAGAUAUGCUAAUACGUUCCUAGGCUUCAUGAACAGCAGAUGGAAAAGUCGUGGUGUAGUGGCGGUCCAGGCGAAGGCGUUGUUCUCAAAAAACGACGAGACAACUUCACCUGUGCUCCAGAGAAUCUAAGCACUGAUUCAAGAUUCUAUGAUAUGGUUGUUGCCAUGAAUGUUCGGGUAAGUUUCCUAAUUGAUCACUACGAAGGACUUUCCUAACUUUUGACCCAGUGUGCCAUGACUGUCAAUACUCGAAUAAUCAAAAUUUUCCUUUCUCAUCAUAACGCUGAUUACGUUCCUCUGAGUGACGGCCUUCGUGUGCAGGUGCUGCCUUCGGUUGAUUACCUCACACGGUGCCAGAAACAUCAUUUCGCAGCCUUCAUUUCUGACCAGCAAAUAUUGGUAGUUUGGGAUGACGAGCCCCAGAAACUUCUCGGACGAGCAGAAAGUAUUAAGCGUUCGCUUAUGCAAAUGAUAUGGGACGAAGAGGAAGCAGAUAUGGCAAAUGAGAAGGCGAAGGAGAGCGCAAAUGUUUCAACUGUGGAACUGGGCGACGAUAGCUCAUCAGCUGAUCUUGAAGAGGCAGUCCCAACUCAAAAAAGACCAACUUUGCUCAUAAAUCCCAUUAUGGUCGGCCUUACACUUACCUUACUUACAGCCGCCUUGGGCCUCGGGUUCAGAAACCUUGCACAGGAAGUUGCUAUCGAUGGCAAUUACAUCAGACUUGCACUCUUGGUCGUCACACCCUGUCAAGUCUUCGUCUCUCUCUUCUUCAUGCAGAUCAUCGUGGUCAAUGUCGCCCAGAUAUUUGGUCCAAUCAGCCAAUUGCAGUCCAAUUCGAAAUUUUAUUCAGCAGUUGCUCCUCCGCGAAUCGAUCGCAAUCAAAUAUCCCUACCACAUGUCACCAUUCAGAUGCCAGUUUAUAAAGAAGGUCUUGUGGCUGUCAUUCAACCGACAAUCAUUUCGCUAAAAGCCGCCAUCUCAACAUACGAGUUGCAAGGUGGCACGGCCAAUAUCUUUGUCAACGAUGAUGGAAUGCAGCUUUUACCGGAAGAAGAAGCCCAAGCUCGACGCGACUUUUACGAAGAACAUAGCAUCGGCUGGGUUGCUCGUCCUAAACACAACCCAAAGCCCGAUGGUGAAGAAAAGGCCUUCGUGAGGAAGGGCAAGUUCAAGAAAGCGUCCAACAUGAAUUAUGCGUUGAUGGUCAGCAACAAAGUAGAGGAAAAGCUUGCGCUUGUUGAGCGAUCUGUGAUGUGGAAUCAGGAGAACGAGUAUGCAGCUUAUGAUCGCUGUUUGGCUGAGGUACUUGCCGGAGAGGAGGGCCGAGCUUGGGCUGAGGGAAACAUUCGAGUGGGAGAUUAUAUUUUGCUUAUUGAUUCGGAUACUCGUGUUCCGGUAGAUUGUUUGCUGGAUGCUGCGAGUGAGAUGGAGCAAUCGCCAGAUGUUGGCAUCUUGCAAUACACCUCGGGUGUUAUGCAGGUGACUGAUAGCUUCUUCGAGAACGGGUUAGUCAUCUUUGCUUCGAAUUCGUGGUUUUGAUUCUAACGUGGUGUCAACAGUGUCACUUUCUUUACCAACUUGAUCUAUACCGCCAUUCGGUACACAGUAGCCAACGGGGAUGUUUCUCCUUUUGUGGGCCACAAUGCCAUCUUGCGAUGGACUGCUGUCCAAACCGUCGCUUACACGGACGAAGAUGGCUACGAGAAAUUCUGGUCCGAGUCCCAUGUUUCCGAGGACUUCGACAUGUCUCUUCGUCUUCAAGUCAACGGUUACACUAUAAGAUUCGGUGCUUACACCGGCGACGGCUUCAAAGAGGGUGUCUCUCUUACAGUCUACGACGAAUUGAACCGUUGGGAAAAAUACGCAUACGGUUGUAACGAACUUUUAUUCCAUCCUUUCCGUCUCUGGGUCACCCGCGGACCCUUCACACCACUCUUCCUCAAAUUCCUCACUUCAAACAUCCGAGUCACAUCCAAGAUCACAAUCCUUGCGUAUAUCGGAACGUACUAUGCCAUUGGCGCAGCCUGGAUCCUCACAGUGGCCAAUUACUUCCUGAUGGGUUGGUACGCGGGCUAUCUCGAUAAAUACUAUCUCGAUUCCUUCAAAGUCUACUUCUCCUUAAUCAUCGUCUUCAGUGCACUAGGCAACAUCGCCCUCGCCAUCCUCCGUUACAGACUCUCAGAAAAGAGUCUCCUCGGCGCUAGUAAGUCCCCCCUUUCCCUCCCCUCCCCUCCAACAAACACCCAACCUAACCCUCCGCAGUCUUCGAAAACUUCAAAUGGCUCCUCCUCCUCACCGUCUUCCUGGGCGGCAUCUCCCUGCACGUCUCGCAAGCACUGCUCUGCCACUUCUUCGAGAUCGACAUGACGUGGGGCGCGACGGCCAAGGAAGUCGAGAACAUCUCCUUCUUUGAGGAGAUCCCGCGUCUGCUUACCCGCUUUAAGUUUACCUUCCUUUUCUGCUUUAGCAUGUCGGCGAUGAUGAUUGUGUUUGCGACGGCGGUGCCGUGGGAGUGGAAGAUUGAUGAUUUUGUGGCGUGGUAUCCGUUGUUGACUGUGGUGGUUAGUCAUUUCUUUUUGCCGGUUGCGUUGAAUCCUGCGUUGAUGAUGUUUACUUGGUGAAAUGUCACUUGGGAAAGCUUUUCUUUUGUUUGUGUGGGGUUUGGGGAGGUUUUGUUGUUUUUGGGGAUGGGGAUGGGAGUUUUUAGAUGG